AAUCACAUGUUGCUCUGUUGUUAUUGCCAGCCGUACAGUCACUGAAGGGCAGAAAGCGGCACACGCGCACACAGGCGAGCUGGAUUAGGCUCGGACUGGAUGGCAGGAUGACAUGUUCAGAUAAGAAGACUACACAUGAGUCACUGAUUAAAACAAAUUGUCGCCACAUUUGUAUGUUACAGCUGUCGACAGCGCUUUGUGUAAAGACAUUCAGUCAGUGUCACGGUCGCAUAUAGUUUACGCGCAGAGAUGGACGCGCAUCUGUGGGAUCAUCUCCAGGCUGGCAGCUCGGAGGUGGAUUGGUGUGAAGGGAAUUAUCUCAUCUAUCCUGGAAUAGCGGAAUUUUACAACACGAUCAGCAACGUGCUGUUUUUCGUCUUGCCUCCAAUUCUCAUGUGUCUGUUUCGUCAGUACGCCACACAUUUCAACAGUGGCAUCUAUCUCAUAUGGACUCUGCUGGUGGUUGUUGGUAUUGGCUCCACUUAUUUCCAUGCUACGCUGAGCUUCCUGGGGCAGAUGCUGGAUGAACUGGCCAUACUGUGGGUGCUCAUGUGUGCCAUCGGCAUGUGGUUUCCUAGGAGAUAUCUUCCCAGGAUAUUCCGUAGAGACAGGUCGAGGUUUAAAAUGGUCAUUGGCAUUCUCUCAGGGAUCACCACCUGCCUGGCCUUCAUCAAGCCAGCGAUAAACUCCAUCUCUCUCAUGACGCUGGGAAUCCCGUGCACUGCUCUUCUCAUCACUGAGCUAAAAAGGUGCGACAACCUGCGCGUGUUCAAGCUGGGUCUGCUUUCGGGGCUGUGGUGGACUCUAGCGCUCAUGUGCUGGAUUAGUGAUCGCAUUUUCUGUGAGAUGUGGUCAUCUGUCAACUUCCCAUAUCUACACUGUGCCUGGCAUAUCCUCAUUUGCCUGGCGUCCUACCUGGGAUGUGUGUGUUUUGCUUAUUUUGACGCGGCGUCGGAGGCUCCAGAGCAAGGGCCGGUUAUCAAAUUCUGGCCCAGCGAGAAAUGGGCUUUUAUUGGGGUGCCAUAUGUCACACUUCUCUGUGUGCACAGGAAGCCCUCUAUUAAGGUGACUUAACCUGUGCUUCCUAAGGUAUUUGACUACACUUCAAUGCACUUUGUAAUAGACAUUUACACAAAGGAGAAUCCUGUUUUUGCAUGGGGAUUUGUAAGGUUUUGUUUUUGGGGAAAGACGAUGGUCAAUCAGUGUAAUUCAUGAGGGUAUUUAGUGUCUUAACAGCACAAAAUAAGCUUUCAGUUUGCUUUGGGAUAAAUUCUGAGUGAAUCAGGAUUUCAUAUUACAUGGUGUUAUUCUACCGGUCAAAAGAUUAGAAUGAUUAAGAUUUUUUUUUUUAAUGUUUUUGAAAAGUCUCUUAUGCUCACCAAGGGUGCAUUUAUUUGAUCAAAUAUUAUUACAAUUUAAAAAAAAAAAAAAAAACUGUUUUCUAUUUGAACAUAUUUUAAAAUGUAAUUUAUUCCUGUGAUGCAAAGCUGAAUUUUCAGCAUCAUUACUCCAGUCUUCAGUGUCACGUGAUCCUUUAGAAAUCAUUUUAAUAUGCUGAUUCAAUGUUGAAAACCAUUUUUUGCUGCCUAAUAUUUUAGUGGAAACAGUGAUACACUAUCAAAAUUUUGGGGGUUAGUAAGAUUAAAAAAAAAGGAGGGAAAAAAAAGAAAUUAAUACUCUUAUUCAGCAAGCAUGCAUUAAAUUGAUCAAAAUUGACAGUAAAGACGUUUAUAAAAUGUUACGAAAGACUUCUAUUUCAAAUAGAAGUUCUAUUUUAAAUGCUGUUCUUUUGAACUUUAUUUAUCAAAAAAAUCAUGAAAAAAUGUAUCACAUGUUUUCCACACAAAUAUUAAGCGGCAAAAACUGUUUUCAACACUGAUAAUAAUAAGAACCAUUAUUAAUAAUUGGGCACCAGUUAUUUUAAAUUGUAAUAAUAUUUACUCAGUUUUUACUCGGUAAUGUUUACUGUUUUUACUCAGAAAUAAAAUUUGGGAUUUUUAAAACAGAUGUACACACUAGCAGUUGAGUCUGAAAUUAAAUAUGAGGAUAGGAAUGUUUUUUGUACAUUAACGUUGUUAAAAUCUCAUUUAAACUUCACCUAUAAUAAGGCAGCACAACCAUAGAUGAGUAUCAUAUUACUAUGUUGACACAAAGCAUGCCAUUUCACAGUAGUACUACUAGUUACCUUUUUUGACAUAACAGUCAAUACAUUUAAAAACGAAAAGCUGCACUAAGUGAUUUUCUUUGUUUCACUGGCUGAUUUGACAAUAUGGUCUUGGCCAUGGAUACUGACACCUAUGGGUGUAAAUGUAGUGUUACGCAAAAAAAAAAAAAAGUUCUUAGUUACCUAUGUUAUUGUAGAAAUUCUCUAUUCAUAAACAUUUAUUUCAUGACAUUGAUUUAUUAAUUGAUUAAUUGUUUUUUUUUGUUUUUGUUUUUUUACAGUAGUAUUAUUCAGCCGAUCAUGUGAUCCUGCAACCUGCAUUAUUAAAAGAUUAGAUCACCCAAAAUUGAAAAUUACCCCAUGAUUUACUCACCCUCAAGCCAUCCUAGGUGUAUAUGACUUUCUUCUUUCAGACGUACCAUAUACAGUCAGAGUUAUAUUAAAUAAUGUCCUGGCUCUUCCUAGCUUUAUAAUGGGAGUGAAUAGAGGAUGAGAUUUUGAAGCCCAAAAAAGUGUAUCCAUCCAUCAAAAAAGAUAUUCACAUGACUCCGGGGGGUUAAUAAAGGCCUUCUGAAUUGAAGUGAUGCAUUUGUGUUAGAAAAAUAUCCAUAUUUAAAACUUUAAAAUAACUAGCUUCCGACAGACGGCCAUAAGCAUGACGUAAUGACAAACGCGGAAGCUCAGAGGAGAGAGCAAAACAAAACACCGGUCACGAAUUAGAAGUCUAAAAUGAGAAUUUUUAAAGAGAAAUGUUGGAGGAUUUCAAUAUAAGAGAAGAGGAGCUUGAGUUUGUUGCCUAGCCCUAUUCGUUUGAACCGCGAGAGGCGUCAAAGCUUACGUUCCUACAUUGCGUCAGGGAUUACUCUUUUGGCGUAAGUCGACCUGCGUACAGCCGUCUGCUGGAAGCUAGGUAUUUAAGUUUUUAAUGUUUUAAAUAUGGAUAUUUUUCUUACAUAAACACAUCGCUUCGCUUCAGAAGGCCUUUAUUAACCCCCUGGAGCCGUGUGGAUAUCUUUUAUGAUGGAUGGUUCCACGUUUUUGGGCUUUAAAAUCUCAUCCUCUAUUUACUUCCAUUAUAAAUCUUGGGAGAGCCAGAACAUUAUUUAAUAUAACUCUGAUUGUAUUCGUCUAAUUUUCAUUUUUAGGCUAAACUAUCCCUUUAACAGCUUUACUAGGCCACUGACAUGACUGGAGUCUUCAUCUCAUGUUAAGGUACAUCCUUUUAAACAUAUUUGCCAAAAGAACUAAUAAUAAAUUUAGGUUCAAAAUUUUAAGUGGGAAAAAAAAUUACUUAGUGCACCUUUUUAUUAUGAAUAGCUAUAGACCUUAUGUAGCUCCACCCCUUUUCAGCGCUGCGCUCGUUGUCUUUUGUCUUCCGGUAUGAUCUUACAUAUUUAUGAAUGAACAGCUCAUUUUAAAAUCUUCCCAGUCUUCUGACAUUUGUUAAGACAUUUGCUUUAAACAUACAAUGCUCUUAAUAACUUUUGUCAACUCUACAACAAGUAAAUUUACUUCACCAGCUAAUUAUUCUUUGACAGCGAUGCCAUAGAAAUAUACAAAAACGGAAGUUCAAAGACAAUAUUAUAAAGAUAGUGGCGCACUUGUUUCUCUGGCGAAUAAGGUCUACAGGACACGCAAUCAUCUUCACCAACUGUCAGAAUUAAUACAGGAAAAACCAGUACUUUUUCUUUUCCCCGUAAUAUGGAGGUUCUUUACACCAGUGCACCUCAGCCACAGGCCUGAUACCUCUAUACUGAGUUUAUGAUGUUAAAAUUUUAAAGCAGCAUAAACUGGAUGUUUUUAUCUAGGUGUUCUAAGCUAUGUUGCACUACUGUGAAAAUAAAUGCAGUGUAUUGGAUGAAAGACUUUAAAACACUGCAUAAAAUAAGUUUGGUGAAGUAAAUGUAAAGGAAUGCACUCCUGAGAAUGAAAGUUUGUCCUUUACUGAAUGUCUUUAGACAGAAAUGUAUAUAUCUAUAUUUAGCCUGUUGUUAGUAUUUCUUUCUCAAAUACAAACGUUAAUUUUAACCUUUAUUUCUUCACUUAGUCUAACCUUACAACACUGUAUAAAGGCCUUUUGCAGUUUGUAUCUUCAUCUGUCAAAGAACAAAUUGCUGUUGAUCAGUGGAUCAUGAAUUUGUACUGCAAAAUAUCUAAAAUCUAAAUCAGAGCUGUCCAAUCCUGCUCCUGGAGGGCCACUGUCCUGCAGAGUUUAGCUCUCAAUUAAACACACCUGAACCAGCUGAUCAAGAUCUUACUAGUCAUACUAGAAACAGAGAUGGUCUUAUUAUUGGGAGAUAUGAGGGUCCGUGGCUCAACCAUUGGAGAAGACAUAACGGCUAACUUGGAUCACAUGUGCCUUGAUAACCAAUCACAUUACAGCCUUGACGUCAUUGAAUUUCAUUCAGAGUUGUGCGACAGUCAAUCACUGUUUGCGGAUACCAUAGAAAUGAAAGAGAAGUGGCGUAAACUGAAUCAUACCCAUCUCGCAAUUGUCUGUGACUUCUCUUAUAAAACAGCAUUUUUUCUCCCGGUGUAAACCCUAAAAAUGGAUCAAUCCAAAAUGAAUGGUUAAGAACAAACAUGUUGAAGAUUGGCUGAUGGGCUGUCGAUUCAUUAAAUAAUAAGCUAUUUCCUCACAAAAGCAGUUUAUUUUUUCACCAUUGAAAAAAAAAAAAACCCGCCUCGUCUCCUUCCCUGCGUACCGCAGCGCUUUUUUUGGCUAAUGUUGCAGGCUUGCCUUUUAAGUGGCUUUGCUAGAAACUUCCAGGCAUGUUGGAGCUAAACUCUGCAGGACAGUGGCCCUCCAGGAGCUGGAUUGGACCCCUGAUCUAAAUGAUUUAUUGAGGGAUGAAAUACCAAAAACACAGUAUGCAAUAAAAACACAAAUUCAGUUGGUUUAUACACAAAUGACACGUUCUAUGACUUCUUGCUGCUUUCUUCCAAUGCCACAAAAUUGCAUCAGCAUUUUUAAGAGAAACUGAACAUUACCUCAGUUUCUUAAUGUUUUUGCCACUCAUCCAGGGUUUUCUAAAGGAGCAGCAGAGUGAUUUUGUAUUUCUGUGUAACUUUCUGCUCAAGCAAUGCACAAUAUGUACUGUAAGCCAGUUCAGUGGCUGUAAAUGUGUGAAUAUGUGUGUGUGGAUGUGUGUGUGUGUGUGUGUGUGUGUGUGUGUGUGUAUAUGUGUGUGUCACCCGGACCCAGAUGCAACGCAGGGACCAAGUAUACAAAGACUAUUUAUUUUUGCGAUUUAACCAAUUAAUAAUUUUGUAACUACCACUGAUUCAUGAUUUUGUAACCAAAUGAGUUUGAUUGUAUUUUUACACUGAUUUAAUAAAAACAUGCUGCAAAUUAACACGUUUGAACAACGCAUGUCUUUCUUAAUAUGUUCAUGCUGAAACAAGCACCUAACCUUAUGCACAUUCCCUUCUAAAACGCUUUCUAACAUGUACUGACCCCUUGAAUAAUUUAGCAGCUCAUUUUUAGUAGACAUGUAUUGAUAGUGUUGGGGAAAGUUAUUUUUAAAAGUAAUGUUACAAAAUUGCCUUACUUUUUUUUUUUUUUUUUUUUUUAGGGAGUAACUAUUUGCAUUACUUAGUUAUGGAAAGUAAUGCAUUUCGAUACUUUUCUCACCUGGGCUGGGCUUGUUUUGUUUUAUAGUAACAAAGUUCUAUUUUUGGCAAAAAGUGAAAUAGUAAUCCCCAGGCUGAAGGAAAUGCAAAUUCAUACCUGUACAGUAGAGGGCGCAAACAAACCUUUUCAGCUGUGCUUUUUGCACAGAAUUGCAGAAGAAUUGGAUGCAGGAGAAGAAACUUCAACACUCAUACUUCAGCAAUAAAACCAAAAAAUGAAACACAAAUGUGAUGUUUAUCUGAAGUCUUUUUUUUUGUUUCAAAUAUGAUGUUUAUCUAAAUUCAUAAUGUUUACACAGCGCACACAACGCCUCUGCACUUACUCCAGGGGCCUCAUUUAUAAAAUGUUGCGCAGAAACCGUCCUAAAUUUGAUCUUACGAACAUUUCUCAGAUGUGCGUACGUGUGAUUCAUAGAAUGAACGUACACACAGAAAACAAGCGUACGCCUCUCUUUCAGAUGUGAAAUCUAUAAAUCGCAAAUGAUCUUGAACUUGUACGCAGCUGAAUGGUUUCAGUUCUCCGCGUUAUAAACGACACCUAAUUAAUGUCAUUUACAUAUAAAAGAUCACCAGUCCUCGCCCAAAUCCUUAGCGAGCUGCAAGAAUAGCUUAGAUUUCCAAAAGCCUGCAGUAAUCUGACAAUGAAAAGUGCGUACAUCUGCUUAGAUCCUGAUGUGGUGCUAAACACUUUCCACGUCAAAGACCGUUUUUAUAAAUAUGAGCGUUGGCGUGGAUUUAAGCGUACGCACACUCUAAGAUCAAAUCUGCGUACGCACACUUUAUAAAUGAGGCCCCUGAUUUCUCUCAACAUGGGGACAGGAGAGCUGUCAGUCAAGAAAUGGGAAAACAAAGUAACUUGUUACCUGCUUGAAAAAGUAACUCCGAUAUUGUGUUGUAAUUUUAAAAGUAAUGCAUUACUUUUCCAAGUAACUAGUAAAGUAAUCUGAUUACUUGUAAUGCAUUGCACCCAACACUGUUGAUACUAUGGUGGAAAGGUGACAUUGUGAAUGGCUGCAUAAAAUGUUACUGUAUUUAUAGUACACUUACAUUUCCUAGCAGUGUCAGUAGUGUAACAUGCUGCAUCGCGCACACACAAAAAAAAAAAACCUUAUUUGUAUUAUAUUUGACUUACUUCAUGUACAUUUUCUUUGUAUAGUACAUGCAAAUGUGCAUUUGAAAUAUUUAAGUUAGUGUAUUGAAAAGAAUACGUAUGCAUAGAAAAAUUAAACUCACAAACAGGAUAAAUGUUGGAAAAAUUUAUUUUUCAGCUGCCACUGUAUAUAAAAUAUGCAAUGUGUCAAUUACACUAAACAUAUAAUGAAACCUCAAAGACCCAUAAAAAUAAAAUGCACUACAAUAUUGAAACAACAUAAAUAACAGUAAAAAAAAAACAA